UGUGUCCUGCUGCUUUCGGGCUCCUGAGCAGAAGGUGCGAUGGCCGCCAGCCUGGUGAAGGUGAACGGGACUGAAGUCUCCGUCGAGGACUCCGGCAGGACUGUCGUGAACGUCAACAUCUGCCAGGAAUCUUCACUGGCCUACCUGGUUAAGUCCGUGGCGGCCGCAGGACGGAAGUGGCCCGGGCAGAAGGCGCCUGCCCCCAAGACCCCAGAGCCUUCAGCCACGGCCCCGUCCCCUGGCAGAGCGCCGUGCACCGGGGAGCAGAAAGUGCUGGGGGGGGUCCAGAUCCUGCUUGGAGUCACGUGCCUGGGCCUCGGGGGGGUGAUCUUUCUCUUGCAUGACUACCUCCGAGUGAAAGGCUCAGGGGCCCCUUUCUGGAUGGGGAGUCUGGUCCUCCUGGCCACCUUCUUCAACCUGGCCAGUGUGGUGGCUGGCUGCCUGGGCUUGGCCUUCGGCGUGGCGGACCUGCCGUACCUGCGGUACACGCCCUACUGGAUCGACGAAGCGUGCCGGAGGGAAGGGGGUUACGGAGGAGGUUACAGAGGUUAUGGAGGAGGUUACGGAUCGUGGAGGGCCACCAGGAGCCCCGACAACGACUGGAGGGUAGAAAGAUGCAAGAACCAGAUGAUGAACCUGCUG